AUGCAGCAAGAAGCAGUGAGAUGCAGAGUUCGAACCAGAAGGCCUGACAUGGCACUUUAUGUACCUAAAGCUCGAAGGGGUGUUGAACUCCUCAAGACAGGGGAUGAGGAAAAAAGCUGUGGUUCACCUAAUUCUGUGGUGGAAGAAGAACAAAAAAAUUGUCCCUCCCAAAAGGAAAUCUUUAGAGAAAAACCUAAGACUCAAAGAUUAAGUAUUUAUUCUGAUAAAAAGGAGCACAGUCGAAAGGAAGGAAAGAAAUCUUCAACAAAAUUAAGAAAAGACACGUGCCUUCCAGAAAACAAUGAGGUUAGGAUUUGUACUAAGAGAGGAGCCACAGAAUCGAAAGAAAUACUAUCCCAAGGACAUCAUCAGCAAGGAGUCCUCCAUUCUGGGACUGUACAUACUAUACCUUUACAAAGACAUUUUAAACCAAAGAAGACGGAGGUUGAAACCACAGAUGUGACAGGACAUGAGAGGUUCCCUCUAUCUCAGUCUUGUUCAGAAAUCUGUGAGGCUCCAAUUUUAAACAAACCAUUCCAAAAUGUGGAAUUCUGUGAUUUCAGUAGGCUUGAACUAAGUGGGGAAACAUGUGAAAACAAAGAUUUAGAAAGCAGAAUUGAAACAAAUGCCAACGUUGUAGAAAUACAAUAUCAGUUUCCUGGAGUUUUAAGUUCUGUUUUGAGACCAGAGAGUAUGAUCGGACCAGUAAAACUAAGCUCUGAUUCUGAAAUUGUGCAACAAGGCAUGCAAACAUCUGGUGGAAUGUUGAAGCUCAGCAGUGGAGGCAUCACCACCGUUCCUGUUCCUGGAAGUCCAGAUGGUGUCACUGACCAACCUUGUGUAGACUUUGAAGCUGAGAAUGUUGGUGACAUAGCCAAUAGUAUAGAUUUCAUCUUGGGUCAGAAAGGUAUAAAUUCCAUUCCUGAGACAACGGGUCACAUCUCUCAUAAAAUGACUUCAGUCAACACAUUAGAGAGCACAGAUGGCAUUUUUGAUCCAGCGAUGAUUAGAGAGUGUGAGGAGAAUGACAACACUGCUGAUGAGUUACGCAUAAAGUAUGAGCCUUCUGUUACAGUUGCUCUUGUUCAUGAAACAGAUACAGGUAAUGGACUUAAGAGUGUAGGUGACAUUACAAAAAAGGCGUGCAUGAUGGACAUUACAGAUACCAUGUCUGAUCAAGUUACUGUAGACAGCCCUUGUGUCGUUGCAGUUAGAAUAGCUGGCGAAGCCUAUAGCAAUACAAGUAGUUUCUCAGAAUAUUUAGAAAUGAGUACAGAUACAACCCCUUUUCAUGUAGCUAGAGGUGGGAAUGACACUGAAAAUUUCAGCAACCUCACUGCUUGCUCAGAUAUUUACGCUGAUAGUAUUUCAUGUAGUUUCACAGAGUCAACAGGAAAGUUGACAGAGAGCUCAUCAGAUUGUGCUUCAUCCUUGCCUAUAAAGAAGAUUGCUGGUGGUAAUUUUAACAUCUCUUUGGACUCUGAACUCAGUUUGUUAAAUGAGACAAAAGUACUUUCAGAUAGUGCCUUGGACAAUGAUCUAGAUUGUACUAAUGAUAUAACAGAAGCAUUGCAUGAACUGAAAACUGAAGAGUUUAAAACAAAAGAGGAAGAUGACUCAGAGAAUAUAGAAUUUGGUAUAUCCUUUCCUGGUAUAGAAUCAGUUUCUGUAGAGACAUCUAUGGAAUCGAAAACGAUAGAAAUUUCUCACAUGGAGGAAAGUACAGCUACUGAGGAGAGCUGGGAGUCCAUGUUUAAUGAUGAUGGUGACUGCCUGGAUCCACGUCUUCUACAAGAGUUGUCAGGGAAUAUGAAGAAUACAAAUAGGAUCCAGGAACCUAGAUUUGAUUAUUAUAAUAAUGAAGUUCCUGAUAUUGACCUCAGUGAUUGUGAAUUCCCACAUGUCAUUGAAAUUUAUGACUUCCCUCGAGAAUUUCGUACUGAAGACCUCCUACGGGUUUUCUGCAGUUAUCAGAAGAAAGGAUUUGAUAUUAAAUGGGUGGAUGACACACAUGCCCUAGGAGUAUUCUCCAGUCCAAUUACAGCUCGUGAUGCUCUGGGUAGUAAACAUACCAUGGUGAAGAUCCGGCCCUUGUCACAGGCCACAAGAGCAGCCAAGGCCAAAGCUAGAGCUUAUGCUGAGUUCCUCCAGCCAGCAAAGGAGCGGCCUGAGACUUCUGCAGCCCUAGCUAGAAGGCUAGUCGUCAAUGCCCUUGGGGUUCGAAGUAAGCAGAGCAAAACUGAACGGGAAGCAGAACUCAAGAAACUACAAGAAGCCCGAGAAAGAAAACGGUUGGAAGCCAAGCAACGAGAAGACAUCUGGGAAGGCAGAGACCAAUCUGCAGUUUGA